UGCAGUGACGUCACGGUGACGCAAGUGUCAUGGCGAUUGUUUAUCUGAGUACUUAAGCUGUUAUUCUGUUCGUUUUAAAACGUUUUCAACCUGUGUUUCAACAUGAGUGACACCAUGUCUAACUGUAGCUCACCUGGCAACAAAGCUUUACAAGUAAUGAAAACUGCAGAGGAUUUGCAGUUAUUCAAAAUGCCAGGUGCCCCUCUUUCGGGUAGAGUGAGAAAGAAGCAGAAAGUUUUGGAAGAAGAUGUUUACAUAGAGCAAAUUGGUAAUAUAAUUGAAAGGGACUUUUUUCCUGACCUCGAGAAACUCAGAGCUCAAAAUCAAUACCUUGAAGCAAUGGAUCAGAAUGAUGUCAUGAAGAUGCGAGAAUUGUAUGCCAAGUAUAGCUCAGGGGCCAAGCCACCAACUGAACGAUGUGCUAGCCCAGCAACAUUUGAAACACCAGUUGCCAAUAGGCUAGAUGACUCAGAACCGUCGCGGGAAGAAACUUCAGACCAGUCAAAGAAGGAAAAUGAUGGUGACAGUUCUGUAUCAAAACAAGAUUGCACUAGACGAUUGGAUGCAUUCCUCAGUGCUCACACAAGUGAAGAUAAUGAGAGCUUCCAAGAAAUUAUAAAAGAAGCUGAUAUAAGACAUAGACAUAGGUAUGGUUGGCUUUACCAAGACGAAGAAGCUUCAGCAAAUAAAGUCAAAGCCCAGUUGGCCCUACCAUCCAUUGAAAAACAAGCAGAAAUUGCAGACCGUCCAUUUAAUAUUGAUACAUGGAAAUUUACAAAUAAAAACUACAUUAUGUAUGUCCCAGAAGGUGCGCCAUUGUCAGAGGAAGAUAAAAUUGCACUAGCUAACAAGCGCCAAGAAAUUGUUCAUAAUAACACAAGGCUUAAGAAGAACCCAUUUGAUGAGCGUCAAAAUAAGGAAGUAAUCAAAGGACUAGCAGUGACUCAAGCAAGAUCUCACGAUGGAAAAAUUGGUGUUGAUGGAAAAGAAUUAACAACGGAGACUCCAAAAGUUAAUGGAUUCAGCUAUGUGACAAUGGAUUCACCCAUGCCUGGUGUAAUGGAUUCCCCUUUGAUGACAUGGGGUGAAAUUGAGGGUACACCAUUUAGGCUGGAUGGAGGUGAUACACCACUUCGCCCAAGUCAAGGCCCCUCUUUCAAAAUGAAUGCUCCCCCGAAACGUGAGAAGAUUGCUUUGGCUCUUGCUGAAAAAGCAGGAGAGAGGCACAGAGAACGAAAACUCAAAGCUCUAGAAGCAGCUCGUAGACUUGCAUCUCCGUCUCCGAGACCUGGCACAGGCUCUUUGGAAAGAUUGAGUUCUAUGUCACCAGCAGCUCAAAGAUUAGCAACACAUAAGUUGCGACCUGGAGAUUCUGCACUGAGAGCAUCUUACACUCCAUCGCCUCAAAGACAUCUUGGUGGUGUCACACCUGGACCAUCAACUCCUCUGCUGACUCCCUCAACAACACCUUUGAGGCAUACCCCAACAAGACGGGUGAAGCCUCCAACUCCCAAAAUAACUUCUCAUCUGACUGAUAACUUAUUAAAAUUACCUCACAGGGCAAGAGCAUCAGAUUUCUUUUAGAAUUUUUACUAUUCAUUAUUAUAAAUUUUUGGGUGAAUGGCUCUGUUAACACAUGUACAUGUAGUAAGGGCUUAAAAAUCAACCUCUUAAAUGGAAAGUGUUAAAGUUUGGGUAACUAUAGAAACUGUUCCAGAUAUUAUGCUAUGCAUAAUGUUUGUAAUGGAUGUUUCUGCUCAUGGAAGAAAGUCUUAUUUCCACCACUAGUUUGUGAGUAUCUGUAUAUAUUUAAUUUACUAAAGUGUAUGUUUUGUGAUAUAUAAUUGUUGAUUAUAUUUAUAUGGAAACAAAAGAACAACAAAGGCUUAUUGAUUUGUCCAAAUAUCUGAGAUGAGAAAGAAAAUAAGUAAUGAAAAAAGAUGCAUAGCUUAAAAAUUAGGGAAGAGGAGCAGAACAGGAAGAUGAUUGAUCAGGUCAAAACCUGAUGAAAACAUCAUAGAAUGUGAUUAGCUAAAGUAGAGGAAUUAAUGAGUUUGCUGUUGGAUAGUGUUGUUGGUGUUUCAUUUGUGUUGCAAACUCAGCACUCUUAAUAGUAGGUCAGGAAAUGUGUGUCAUGAGUUCUGUCUGAGUCAGUGUUGACAGCUAUUCAAAAGCUAGAAUCUUUCAAAAAAGAACGUUUGGGGAGGAAUGAGAACAAGAAAUUUUACUUGAGAUUGGAGCAUUUUUAUUCUCCUUUUGACAAGGCUUUACUUUGCCAAGUCAAAUAAGCAGCCUUCUUCUCUCUCUUUGAAGUUCAGCACAGACAGGUACUGGAGGUACAGGGGGAAUGUUUUGGGGGGGCCCUCAUUGCUUUUAGACCUUGAGACAAAUUUACAAUUUCAGUUCAUGAUUAUGCGCAUAUCGUAAACAUUCUAGCAUAGCGAGUUAAUGGUAAUUAUAGCAAGUGGCAACAAAACUGUACAAAUUUUCCUACCUACGUUACAUCUAAAGAAUCACAAAUUUUAGUUUAAUCAAAUAUUCUCGGAGUACUAAUGCGCGCAAGAGUAAUGAGACAAUUAGCUAAAUUCACAUUUGCUAAAUAAAUUAAAAAUUACUACUAA